GCCACUCGCUGGUAGACUCGCGCAGUCGCGCUUAGCGCCACUCGAUCGCCAUAUUCAAACGUAAAAAUUGCUAAUUUCACUCUUCGUAACUUUUUAAAAACCUGUCACCAACAUGUAAUUGACUAUACUUCAACACAAAAAUAAAACAGUGCGUAAAUUUUACCGACCUGAGAAACAAAUCUGCAGUGAUGGAACUUGAAAAGAAACUAAAGGAUGCGCCCAGUGCUGAAUUACAGAAACCUAAUUAUAUGCUCAUGUCUUUGCAGAGAAUAUUAGUGAUAUUUGUAAUUCUUAUCGGUGUUAUAGUGGUGGUUUAUUAUACGCCAAUGCCAGAGGAAUAUUUUGAGAACUGCGAUCGAGAAUGCCACGAGUUGGAUUGGCCCAUGAUCUGUCGAGUUAAAUUAGUCGUUGAGGUUUACAAAACGCUUAGCAAGACGUGUGGCAGUUGUACUGAAAAAGAAGGGGGAGUUUGUCCGCCAAUGUGUAUAUCAGCCGAUGGUAGAGAAAGAGGAGUCUUGUCAGCAAAUAGAGAACUUCCAGCUCCUGCAUUCCACGUCUGUCAAAACGACAUCGUGGUAGUAGAUGUGGUACACAGGGCUCCGGCGCACGCUCUAUCAAUACACUGGCGAGGUCAGCCGCAAAAGGAAACUCCUUUUAUGGAUGGCACUCCCAUGUUCACUCAGUGCCCACAGCCGGCGUAUACAACAUUCCAAUAUAAGUUCCGAGCUUCAGAAGCCGGUACGCAUAUGUAUCACGCACAUUCUGCAGCUGAUGCAGCUGACGGUCUGGCAGGAGCCUUUAUUGUUCGGCAAUCGCGUAGACUGGAUCCUGUUAAAAAAAUGUAUGAUGUUGAUGCUACUGAGCACACAAUAUUCGUGUCGGAAUGGGGCCAUUCUAUGGGACCUUUAGCUGGAAUGAUGUCGAACGUUCUCAACGCGGAAUCCCUGCUUAUCAACGGAAAAGGCAAGACAGUUGAGUCACCUGAUGCACCAUUGACAAAAUUUCAAAUCAAAUUUGGAAAAAGAUUCAGAUUUCGCUUGGUUUACGGUGGGGGCACAAAAAGUUGUCCUAUUAAAUUUUCAAUUGAGCAACAUUUACUGGAAUUAGUCGCAUUGGAUGGGCAUAUAAUAACCACAGAAAAUGUCGCGUCCAUUGUACUCGGGCGAGGGGAACGUGCGGAUUUUAUUUUGGAAGCUAAGAGAACGCCAGGUGUGUAUAAGAUGAAAGUUGUGGCGGAUGAAUCAUGUCAAGAGGAGUUGGAAGGUGAGGCGGAAUUAAUCUACGGCACCAAAGACAGCAAAGUGUUGCUUAAAGAUAGUGACAGUGCUACUGUGUACAGAGAGUUUUCGACAGUGUUUAAUGGUCGAUGUGCCUCCGACAAUGUGUUGUGUUUGGACAAAGUGUGCGCUGCAAGUAAACUUUCGCCCGAACUCGCCGGUUCCGUGGACAAGACAGUUUAUGUGCCUUUUAAUUACUCUACCAGACAGAUUACGGCCAAACGAGUUGAAAGUUGGGGCCAAACGGACGGAAAUCGCUUCACGUACCCUGCUUCACCGUUACUCACGCAAGGAGCUGAUAUCACUCCAGAUUCGUUAUGCUCUGAGCCUGGUCAUGGUGAGGAAUGUGUCCACAUCAAGAAAAUUCCUCUAGGUUCUACUGUGGAGCUUAUUAUGUUUGAUCAAGGUGGAGAAUCGGACCACAUCUUCCACCUUCAUGGAUACAGUUUCCACGUCGUUGGCAUCAGAGAGUUGAACAGCAGUUUAGAAAAAGAAGAUAUCGUGAAGAUGAACGAGGAAGGCAAAUUAUUCCCUUCUAAAAACCUAAUCAAUCCUGUAAUUAAAGACACUAUAGCCAUACCUAAGUUCGGAGCCGUAGCUUUGAGAUUCAAGGCUGAUAAUCCAGGAUAUUGGAUGAUGAGGGAUGAAAGGUCAUCGCACUGGACUAGAGGUCUUGAUUUUGUAUUAAAAGUAGGAGAAGACAGUGACUUUGUACCGCCUCCCUCAGAUUUUCCAAAAUGUGGUUCCUAUGUAGGUCCAGAAUACUUUUUGAUAUAAAAUUGUGAUGAUUUGCUUGGGAAUGUUACCAAGUUGUGUUUUAAGUUGCUCAAUUUAAUUUAUUGUAUUGGACUCGAUGUUUGUGAUAUAAUUGUGUGUAAGAUUGCGGUAAGUAUUGCCAUUAAAAGGACAAAGGAUUAAUAUAGAAGAAUAUUGUCGUCAUAUAACGGCGUGAUACUUGGUUCAUUACAUUAGUAAAUGUUAUAUUAAGUAAGGUAAAUACAUGUUUUGAUUUAAGGAGCAAUUUUGUUUUGAUACGUUUAAUGUUGAAAUGUUGACAUUAGUCAAGCUUUCUGUUCACGUACUUUUCAGCUGAAAAGUUGGGUGAUAAAAAUCUUCUAAUUACUAAUA